AUGGCGGAUUCCUCCACCAUCGCAGCAGGCACGGCCGCUGAUGUUGUGCGCGACCUCAAGUCCCCCGGCGUCGUCCGUGUCGAGGCGCUGGCCAAGGUCAUGACCUUGAAGGACCGCAUCAUCAUCUUCAUUGGCGUCUUCCUCGUCGCCUACGCCUACGGCCUCGACGGUACCAUCCGGGGCACGCUCCAGCCCACGGCCACCAGUUCCAUGGGAUCGCACUCCCUCACAUCCACCGUCAACGUCAUCCGGGCCGUCAUUGGCGCCGGUAUCCAGCCCGCCGCUGGCAAGAUGGCGGACGUCUUUGGCCGUGUCGAGCUACUCCUCAUCUCGUGCUUCUUCUACGUCCUCGGCACCAUCAUCGAGGCUGUCGCGCCAGACGUCGUCACCCUCGCCGCCGGCACCGGCGUCUACACCAUUGGCUACACCAUGGUCAUCCUCCUCGUCGAGGUCAUCAUCGCCGACAUCACCUCCACGCGCUCGCGCGUCUUCUUCUCCUACGUGCCCGCUCUGCCCUUCAUCAUCAACACCUGGGCCGGCGGCAGCAUCGUCGCCUCCGUCCUCAAGACCGCGACCUGGCGCUGGGGCUACGGCAUGUGGUGCAUCAUCUACCCCGUCUGCACCCUGCCCCUCAUCAUCCAGCUCGUCAUCGUCGGCCGCCGCGCCAGGCGCCAGGGCCUCCUCGACAAUUACAAGUCGUCCUUCCAGCUCCUGGGCGCCAAGAACUUUGCCCUCGAGCUUUUCUGGCUGCUCGAUGUCGUCGGCAUCCUCCUCCUGGUCGCCACCUUUGCCCUCAUCCUCGUCCCCUUUACCCUCGCCGAGGAGGCGGGCGGUCAGGCCCAGUGGGCGACGGCGCGUGUCCUGGCACCCCUCGUCGUCGGCGUCGCCUGCGUCCCCGUCUUCGUCUUCUGGCAGCUCAGGGCGCCUCACCCCCUCAUCCCCUUCCGCCUCAUGAAGGACCGCAGCGUCUGGUCGCCCUGCAUGAUCGCCGUCAUGCUCAACUUUGCCUGGACAAUGCAGGGCGACUUCCUGUACACGGUCCUCGUCGUCGCCUUUGACUUUAGCGUCGCCGACGCCACACGCAUCUCCAGCCUGUACUCCUUCACCAGCGUCAUCGUCGGGCCCCUGUUGGGCUUGAUCGUCAUCAAGGUCCGCCGUCUCAAAUGGUUCAUCGUCGCCGGCACAAGCCUGUUCAUGGUGGCUUUUGGUCUUCUCAUCCACUACAGAGGCAGCACCUCCCCGGGAGACGGACGCGCCGGUGUCAUUGGAGCCCAGGUCGUCCUCGGCUUCGCGGGUGGCAUGUUCCCCUAUCCCGCGCAGGCCUCGCUGCAGGUCACCUUGCAGCACGAGCAUCUCGCCGUCAUGACCGGCACCUACCUGGCCAUGUACAACAUCGGCUCAGCCCUAGGCAACACCGUGUCGGGCGCCAUCUGGCGACAGACCCUGCCGGGCUACCUGGAGAAGAAUGUGCAGGAUCAGAGCGUCGCGGCCUCUGCAUUCUCCGAGCCCCUGAACAUCAUCGCCCAGUAUCCCAUGGGCACUCCGGAGCGCCAGGGCAUCAUCGCCUCGUACCGUCAAACGCAGCGGCUGCUCACCAUUACCGGCAUCUGCCUCUGUGUUCCACUGAUUGGGUUUGCGGCCGCCCUGCGAAACCCCAGGCUCAACCACGACCAGACGCUGGCCAAGGAGUCGGAUGACGAGAGCGAGCUGGGUGACCGUGCUGCUAGUGAGACGAGCCCGACCAAGGGGGUCAACGAGAACCCUGUGCGUGCGGUGUCAGAAUAG